GCGCGGGGCGGAACUGAAUUUAUUAGACCAGCAAGCCAACAAAAAGCAUCCGCUGGACAUAUAACUGUGCUGUUUGCAUCAGUUUUCUCUUUCAAUCUAUACUGCAGUCUUCUCUAUACACUUCAUUGAAGAGUACUGGAUUAAGCAAAUAUGGCGGAAGAAGGUGAGAUGGAACAUAUUGCCCCUAGUUCUCUCAACACAGGGAUUGAACCAGGAACACUAGUGGAGGUGAAGUUUGAGAAAAACCCCUAUCGAACCCAGAAGUACCUGGAAUCAGAACCAAAAGCUUUAGGGUUAACGCUGAUUAUGCUGGGUGUCUUUGUCAUGAGUACCACAAUUUUUUUUCCAUUCGGGUUUAAUGAAAACGCAAUCCUGAAAGUUGUCUCUUCAUCAGUUAGCAUAAUUGCUGGUAGUGUGGCAAUAGCAGCACAGAAUCUUCAUCUGCCUAGACUGAAAGCCUGCUUGGGGUUGCAGGUUGUGGGGUGUGUGGCAUCAUUGUUGACCUUUCUAGACAUGGGUGGAAUGGGGCAAUAUCACUCUAACAUCUGCUGGGAGGAGCACCUGAAUGGAACAUCAGAAUCAGAAAUGUGUAGCAGGAUUUGGUCCAUUACUGAGCAUGUCGCCGGAAUAGAGUUGCUUGUGCAGGCAACUCAGUUUGCUCUCUCGGCCACCUUGGCUGCCUUCUGCUGCAAAGUAAUUCACUGCUGCUCACCAAAAAGGAAUGUGCCUGUUGUUGUGGUGAACACACCCCCAGCUCCACAGUGAUUCACAACCCAUGUAGCUACAGCUUCUGUUUCACAAAGAUGCAUUAUAAAUGUACUUACAAUACUUGCAUAUUUGUUAUAUGUAUACCAUAUAAAGGUAACAUUCUUAAUUAUAGGGAAGAAUGAUGAAUGUGAAGUUCCUUACUUGGACCACUUUUGAUAGAUACUGACCACUGCAGACCGGGAACACCCCACAAGAGCUGCAGUUUUGGAGAUGCUCUGAUCCAGUCGUCUAGCCAUCACAAUUUGGCCCUUGUCAAACUCGCUCAAAUCCUUACAUUUGCCCAUUUUUCCUGCUUCUAACACAUCAACUUUGAGGACAAAAUGUUUUUGCCUAAUAUGUCCCACCCACUAACAGGUGCCAUGAUGCGGAGAUAAUCAGUGUUAUUCACUUCACAGUGCUCAUAAUGUUAUGCCUGAUCGGUGUAGGUCAUAUGUUUAUAUUAUAUGUGAAUAUAUAUGAAUAUAUAUGUUUGUUUAAAAUUGUAUAAAAUGAUGGAACACUCAAGGAACGGACAGACAGGAGUUGGACACACAAGAAAAAAACCCCCAGAUAAAUUAGUAUAGCAGACCAUCUUUUGGCGAUAUUUUGGCGCAGGCCAUCUCUCAUACAUCGUAAGAUUGUUUUCCUUUAAGAUGUCAAACUGGACUUAAUAAUCAGGACAAUUAAAUACAGUGAAGUUUUUUUUAUUUUCCAUGGGCUUGUACACUUACAACUGGAACACAAAGCAGGAUGAGCUUACUUUCAUAUUUGACUUUCUGCAUUUUUAUGUGAAGAGAAAUCUGAAAUGAAAUGCAUUCUCUAGAGAAUGUGUGAGCUUAAAUAAAAUGAAUAUUGUACACUG